ACCUCUAGAUGCCGUCAAAACGAAGCAGCAACUUGCGCAGGUGGUCAAAUGAUUUUCGCGGCAAAAAUAGGCAAAUGGUGAAUGAUUUCAUCUGUGACCGUCAGCCAGUGAAGUAUGAAUGAAACUCAUGAUAGAAAAGCUAGACCCAGCACACAAGAUGGAGAACCUCAAAGAACAUUUUCAUCUUUUUUUGCAAAAUCGACUUUAUCCCAGAGAUAUACCAAUGAUAUGAAUAAAAAUCCGAAUCGUAAGAGAACUCCUGAUGAAGAUGAUGAUAAGAUAUUUAAGAAACAACGGACAGGAUUGUUAAGUUUGGAAGAAAGGGAUUCAAGGGAUGAUACGACUAAGGAUUUCACUAACGAUCACAUUACAAAAACAAUUAAAUUAGAAAACAAACAUAAUACAAAAAAUGAUUCCUGCAUGUUAAAUGACAAUGCUAACAGAGAAACGAGUAGCUCUCCAAAAAAUAUUUUAUGUUUUAAAAACUCUCCAUUGAAACAAUCACCACCUCGAGGUAUCACUUCAAAGUCUUUGACUCCAAAACGGUCAGCGAUGAAAAAUUUAAGUGAGAAAGAAAAUAUUGAAGCUAGCACUUCAGUUAACUACAGCAGUACAAAACAUAUUACAUGCCCGUUAAAAGAGAAAAUCAAAGAAGAAAAUGACCAGCAUGAUGAUUUUGAUGAUUUUUUUGAUAAUGAAUGGUCUGACACGGACUUAGAGCUCGCAACCGAAGCUGAUUUAAGUUCCUUGCGCCGUUAUACAAUUAUCGAUGCAAAACUAGAUAAUAAAUCUACCAUUGUUACUGUUCAAGAUGAAGAGACUAAAGUAGUCUCAAAUGUUUAUUGCUCAGGAUAUUGGAGAGACAUCAAGUAUGAAACAGGUGAAAUUAUAACAAUCCAAGCCAUUAAGGAAUCUAAUAAAUGGAUCGUUGAUAACAAUAAUGGAUUCAUUAUAACGGAGCCAGACAAACUGGUUUCAGGUACUUCUGUUGUUGGAGCACUUUUCUGUACAAGACGUGGUGUAUUGAAUGAACGAUUUCGAGGCAUCGACUGUUUACCUUUCUGUGAGCCUGAUGUGUCUCUUAUGACAGUUGGAAUUUUGGUCCAUGAAAUACUGCAAAAGGUCCUUACAGAUAAAAUUUAUGAUUUACCCGAAAUUUCUCAACUCGCCAACGCGACAUUACGAUCCUGGCAAGUUGUAAAUAUGCUGUAUUCAUCCGGCAUGUCUACAAAUGAAUGUAAAAAGCGCAUAGCUGAAUAUAUAACGCGUAUAGACGAAUUUAUCCAACGUUACAUAAAAGAAAAAAAACCAAAGAACCCAGACAAUAAUUUCGAUGGGAAAAUCGAGAAGGUUCACGAGAUUGAAGAAAAUAUUUGGCUACCGAAAUUAGGAAUUAAAGGAAAGGUCGAUGCUACUGUCGAGGUACGCAUCAAUGACAGACGUAGAAUCGUUCCCUUGGAAUUGAAAACUGGACGAGCUUCUUUCUCGGCUGAACAUAAAGGUCAAAUUAUUUUGUACACUAUGCUGAUGAGAUACACUGGACGAGAUGUUGAUAGCGGCCUGCUACUUUAUCUGAAGGAGAAUACAAUGCGCGAGAUGAAAAGUGGGCACCACGAAAAACGUGAUUUAAUUCUACUCAGAAAUUCCUUGGCACAUUAUUUGACCAAAGAACCCGACGUAGUAUUGCCUGAGCCUAUUAAUCACCACAGUGCCUGUUCAACCUGUCCCUACAAUGCCAUUUGCUCAGCGUAUCUGACUAAGGAAAAGAAUUAUAAACUCUCCGAUAACCAUCCAUUAAAUUCUGUAAGUGCACGUGUGCUGAAGAACGUCACGGAGAAGCAUAUAGACUAUGUACUGGAAUGGAUCAAAUUCUUAGAAAUAGAGGAAGAUGCUCAGACUGAAGGAAUUUCUUUAAGAGAUAUAUGGACGAAAACUCCACAAGAAAGAGAAAAGAAUAGCAAGUGUCUUGGAAACUUAAGCGUAGUCAAUAAAGUCACUGAGGAAUGCGGCAAGUACGAGCACAAGUUUUCACGAGCAACUAAAACCAAUAAAAAUAGUAUUGAUGACUUCAGACGUACAAAUUUUACAGAAUCAGAAUAUGUUAUAAUCAGUACAAAUACUAGAAUUAAUAUAUCUUCUGGUUUUAUCACAGAUAUUCAAGAAGACUUCAUUGCUGUUCUAUUGGACAGAAACAUUACUUCGCAGAAUCACAAUUCUACGUACCACAUCGAUAAAUAUAUCUCGUCGAAUUUGCUUUCAUGCAGCCUUGUAAAUCUCGGUGGACUUUUGAGCAACCAUGACACAUGUGAUAAAUUAAGAAAAAUUAUAAUCGACAAAACACCGGCAACUUUCAAGGCAAAGCUUCCUGCUGCAGUAGCAAUGAAUAGUGCGGAUAUACUGUACCGUUUAAAUAAAUUGCAAAAACGUGCAAUUAUAAAAACAAUAGCUGCCAACGAAUAUAUUUUAAUAAAAGGAAUGCCCGGUACAGGAAAAACACAAACACUCGUGGCAUUAAUUGAAUUAUUAGCAAAAACUGGAAAAUCUGUUUUGGUUACAGCGCAUACGAACAGCGCAGUCGAUAAUAUAUUAUUGAAACUCCUGGAAAAAGACAUUGAUUUUCUCAGAUUAGGAUCAUCAGCAAAAAUUCAUCCUGCUCUAAGAAAUAACUCUGAAGCGUCCUUUGCCACUUAUUGCACUACAGCUGAAGCUUUGGAAGCUGCAUACAAAAAGAAGAAUGUCGUAGGAGUCACCUGCUUUGGUGCGAAUCAUCCACUUCUGAGAAGACGUAAAUUUGAUGUGUGCACAGUCGACGAAAGUACUCAAGUCUUACAGCCUACUUUACUGAGACCGCUGUAUGCUGCUAAUAAAUUUGUUUUAUUGGGAGAUCCCGAACAAUUGCCGCCUAUUGUUAAGAGCGAAGUAGCUAGGAAAUGUGGCAUGGGUGAAUCCCUCUUUGUCAGAUUAGACAAUGAAAACAAUACAAUAGAGCUGGUCUUACAGUACAGGAUGAACACUACAAUAAUGAAUCUUGCAAAUAGCUUGACGUAUAAGGGUAAAUUAAAAGCAGGCAACGAUGCAGUGGCCGAUGCGACUUUAAAAGUGAAGGACGAAUCGAUCUUGGAAUCCAGAAGUCGUUGGAUUGCGAAAAUAUUGUCUACAAAAUUGAAUGACUCUGUGGUUAUUGUGAAUACUGAUAAGACCUAUGACCUUCAUUCUAAAACCAAAUUGGAAUCUGAUAACUAUGGAGAAGAACGUGGUUCUGUGAAUGUAGGAGAAGCUGCCAUAGUCGUAAAACUGAUCCAUACUUUAUUAAAAGCUGGAGUUAAUCCUGAUGAUAUUGGCGUUAUAGCACCAUACAGGGCGCAAGUAAGUUUAUUAAAGAAACAGGUACAUCCGCAUGAUAUUGAAGUGAAUACAGUGGACCAGUAUCAAGGACGUGAUAAGAGUGUCAUAUUGUAUUCUUGCACGAAAAGCCUGCCGCAAGAGAAAUGGGAGAAAAAAUACGAAUUUCAGAUUUUGGAUGAUCAUCAAAGACUGACUGUCGCAAUAACACGUUCUAAACACAAACUGAUUAUAGUGUGUGACAAACCUACGAUGGAAAAUUUUCUACCAUUUAAAAAACUUUUUGCACACUGCAGAGAAGAAGAUUUUGUGAACUUGCGUGACAAUCACAAUGACUUUUCUUGGAAGGAACUUUUGGAGCUGUGAGAAAUUAUUAUUCUAAGUAUCUGUGUUACAUGUAUUUUCCACACGGUUUUCUUGUUUUCCAUAGACCUAAAUAUUUGAAAUACACUGCCAUUUAUUGAAAAUUAUAUGUACCAGUCAAUCGAUAAUUUAAAUAAAAUUGAUUGGAGCAAUUAA